UUUUGUAAGAGUUUAUUUAUAUAGAAUAGGGUCGAUAUUAGCCUAACCUGCACGGUAUUCAAAUAUGGAUUAAAGUCUUAAGAGCGAAGGCAAAUGUGUAUUGGUGAUAAUCGGACGGCUAUUAUUUUCACGUGUAACGUUUUGGUUUGAUGGAUUAUGUCACUCCACUACUAUAACUCAAGAUAACUUGCCUUACCACCACUGGGCUGAAUCUAUAGCCACGUGGACGGAGGAAGAGUCGCGGCGUGUCCAUCAAGGUGAAAUCCAACGUCCGUUAAGCCUCGGAGCCAUCAAUGGGGCAGCUAGAGCUAACUGCUCUUCUUUGGGCUCCGGGUUGCUCCAGAGCAAGAGGCUCGGCACCAGGUUCGGACCCCCUCAUUUUGAACGGCUGUGAUUGCAUCUAUGCUGCCCCACUCCUAUUUAGUCUCUCCGCACAGAGCUGUUACGAAAUUCAAUGGCGACGCAAAUGGCCGACCACGAGGAUUCAACUCCUUCCCCCGUUGAAUCGAUGAUGGAGAAGAUCUCCGAGAAGAUCCACGGUCACGAUUCGUCGUCUUCUGAUUCCGACAACGAGAAAUCGUCUCCCUCAGCUUUCAAAGCCAAGGUUUAUCGGAUCUUCGGCAGGGAAAAGCCUGUUCACAAGGUUCUCGGCGGUGGAAAACCUGCUGAUGUUGUUCUGUGGAGGAACAAAAAGAUUUCGGCAGGAGUGCUUGGUGGUGCAACUGCAGUAUGGAUUCUAUUCGAGUUGCUUGAAUACCACCUGCUAACUCUAGUCUGUCAUUGCUCCAUACUCGCACUGGCAAUAUUGUUCUUGUGGUCCAAUGCAACCACCUUCAUCAACAAGGCACCACCACACAUUCCAGAAGUCCACAUUCCAGAGGAUCCAGUUCUGCAGUUUGCCUCGGCUUUGAGGAUUGAAAUCAACCGGGGUUUUACUCUCUUGCGCAAUGUUGCAUCUGGCAAAGAUCUGAAGAAGUUUCUCUCGGUGAUUGCUGGCUUAUGGGUGGUUUCAAUUGUGGGCAGUUGGUGUAACUUCUUGACCUUGUUCUACAUAGUUUUUGUUUUGCUUCACACCGUGCCUGUGCUGUAUGAGAAAUAUGAGGACCCAGUGGACUCAUUUGCAGAGAAGGCAAUGGUGGAGAUCAAGAGACAGUAUGCAGUGUUUGAUGCAAAGGUGUUAAGUAGGAUUCCAAGGGGUCCAUUGAAGGACAAGAAGAUUGCGUAAGAAGGGGUGGUCGUAGUUAGAGCCUUUUGAUAGGGUUUUGACAGACAUUUGGUAGCCAUGUUUUGUGAAGGUGUUGUGAAUUUUUAUCCAUUAUUGGCUAGAACCCAAUUUUUUAUUUUUGUGUUUGUUCUUCCAGCGAGUUUGGGUUCACAAUGUGGAUGAACAUGGAUAUUUGUUACACUUGCUUUUGCUACACAUAUGGGCGGUAUUUACGUGAUAUAUCUGCUCCUCUUCUCUUCUCUGAAUUAUAUGGUGAUGAUUCUUAUUAUAUUUCAAAUGGAAUGGUUUCUUGAA